GCGCGGCCGCAUGUGCCUGGCUCCCCGUCUUUGUAUAUACGGACUCGCUCGCCGAGCUCUUUUAACAAUGGGCCGAAGGGGCCGCUCCACCGGACGGGGCUGGUAAGGCGAAAGCUCCCCUCCCGGGGUGGGGGAGGAUGCCGCGGCUCUGCUGCCUUUAACCGACAUGUCCCGGGAGAUGCUGGAGGCGGUUCUCCCGUCCUGGCCGCUGUAAAGAGCAGAAGCGGAGCUGCGAACUCUCCGGUAAGCUCGACGACGGCCGGAACGGCGUAGGGCGAAGAAGGGAGAAGCGUCCGUCCGGGGUAGCCGAGGCCGGGGUGGGGGAGGGAGGGAGGGAAAGCGUGUCUAGCCCUUUGUUGUCGUGGCGUCGCCGCCGCCGCCGCCGCUGCUUCUGGCCCGGGGUUCCCUUCUCCGCUGGGAGAAGUUAGGAAGUUGUUGCGGGACAGGCUCGGCUGCCGGGGCUGCGCUCGAUCGGGGAGCCCUGGGCGAGAGCCGCCCCUUCCUCUCCAGUGGCCCGGCUUCACAGGCUUGGGAAGAUCCAGAGACAGCCGGGCUCCUGCUGUCCCCGGGGAGACCUUCGAGGGAACCGGUCUGCUUCCCGAUGCCGUCUCUUGGAGAAGCAAGGAGUGGAAUCAGCUGGGGCGCAACCCCGGCCGCUUCCUCCUCCUCCUCCUCCUUCGAGAGGAAGGUCUGAGACUCCGGCUGGGACGGGAGGAGUUCCUGCCGGCGGCAUAACUGAGCGGCUUUGCCCGGGAGUUGCGGCCCAUCGAUGAGUUCAGAACCGGCCGCGGCUUUUUUGGUUUUUGUUUUGCCCCGCAGGCUCCCCGCUCUGAUCCCCGGCCGCCUCAUCCCGUCCCAUGGAGCUGGAGGGGCAGUGGUGGAAAGGACAGCUGGCUGCCGACAUCCACCAAGCUCUUCGCUACAAGGAGCUGAAGCUGCCCUCUUACAAAGGCCAGUCUCCCCAGUUAAAUCUGAGAAGGUAUUUUGCAGACUUGAUUGCCAUUGUGAGCAACCGAUUUCGUCUCUGUCCUGCUGCCCGACACCUUGCCAUUUACCUAUUGGACCUCUUUAUGGACCGUUAUGACAUCUCCAUUCAACAGCUACACGUGGUUGCUCUUUCCUGCUUGCUUUUAGCGAGUAAAUUUGAAGAUAAGGAAGACAGUGUGCCUAAGCUUGAACAGCUGAACAGCUUGGGGUGUAUGACCAACAUGAGCCUGGUCCUAACCAAGCAGAAUUUGCUGCACAUGGAGCUGCUCUUGCUAGAAACUUUCCAGUGGAACCUCUGCCUGCCCACAGCUGCUCACUUCAUAGACUACUAUCUCUCGAUCGCUGUUCAUGAAUCAGACCUCCAUGACGGAUGGCCGAUGGUGUGCUUGGAAAAGACCAAAUUGUACAUGGCCAAAUAUGCCGACUACUUUCUGGAAGUAUCCCUACAAGAUCAUGCCUUUUUAAAUUACGCCCCUUCCUUAGUGGCCGCUGCGUGUGUUGCUUCCUCAAGAAUUAUCUUGCGUCUUUCUCCAACGUGGCCAGUGCGACUCCAUCGCCUGACAGCAUAUUCCUGGGAUUUUCUGUUUCCGUGUAUUGAGCGGCUAUUGGUGGCCCAUGAUAAUGAUGUAAAAGAAGCCAACAAGCAAAAAGGACAACAUAGCUCUCAGCCACCCCAUAACACUUUAUUUCAAACAACCAUUCAACCCACACAGCAGCACAUACCCCAUUAUAUUCAAGCACAUCAGACUCCUCUACCAUAUCUUCAAACAGCACCGCAACAAAACUGUCAGCCAAUUAUGUCAAGCAGUCAUACCUCAGCCUACCAGAUGCAGACUUGCCCAGCUGGUUUACAAGGUGGUGUUCAGGCUCAAAGUCAUAUGCAGACUUCUGGAAUGUCACUAGCCGUCCCUAUAGAGGUGAAGCCAUGUUUAAACGUCUCCUACAAUCGAACCUAUCAGAUUGCUGGACGUUACCCUUGUAUUACUCCAUGCUUUGAGAGGUGACGACUACAGCAGCACAACUCUCUGUGUGACCAGUGUUAAAUACUAAGAGGAGAGAUUUGGGGUCCUUUUGAAACCUGGGAAAUGGCUGGAAGAGAACACCGUAUUUUUCUCCCAAAGGUAGCUCAGUUGCGGAAGCUGUAAGUACAAGAAUGUGCCUACUUGCAGAAUAAUGGAGAAAGAUGAAAAAAAAUAUUUCUGCCACACUGUAGUUCUACAGGCUGAACUUAAAACAUAUCCUUAAAAGUGUGUUGAGAGACACCUGCCCUGUCUGCAGGUCUGGUCUUCCUGAAAAGAUGAAAUAUUAUAUGUGACGUUGACGCUGUUGCUUCUACUUAGCUCUGUGCAGUAUUCAGUAAGAUACUGAACCACUAAGUGCCAUUGCUUUCCAGAAGAUGGAGAGGCCAGUGAGAGAGGAGGCCGCCUUCAUCUAAUGAGCAGCUCAAUUGUUUGACAUGCCCGUGGAUGAGAACUUGUAUUUCAGUGGCCUUGGAUUAAUGUUCUUCAGUCGUUCUACUUCAAGUAUUCUUGUCUUCACUGAAGCUAUGUAGAGAUAAAUGAUCAUACCAACUCAGGGAAUAAUCAAAAGUUACUGUUAUACAGGAUAUAUAUCAUUUAAACGGUUACCUCGGGUUCUAUUCCUCAGGGUAAUUGUAUUAGUAAAUACCAAAGGGAGUUUGAGAUGUUCAUCCAAGUACUCCCUUCACCUAAAUGUGCUUUGCAAUGAGACAGAGAAAAAUAGGCAGGUUGUAUUUAAAUGAAGCCAGUACUAUACCAUAAAAAAAUGGAGUUUUGUUUGCAAUUUACCCUACUUUAUGCAACCAACUAUUUGUGUCCAAAAAAUUUUGGGGUGGAUUUUUUUCCCAUUGUACUGAUUUCUGGCUUCCAGGUACAAUUGAAAUGCUUAAAAGAAAUAAAGCCUUAUUUAUGUUGGCCAGAGAGCAGAAUGAGAAAUGGAAGUUUUCAGACUCUUACAGCACAACUGUAUUUCCAUAUUUCUAUUUUUUUGACCACAUCAGCUACAAUUCAGGUAUUUUUAUAAUGUGAGCUAAGCAGUCGUAAUAAGGGUGCUACAUAUGAUCAUCAGAAGUGUCUUUAAUUCCUUAGAUUCUAUCCUUACCCGAAAUCAGAAUUAUUUGAAUUAAUAGGCAGUAAAGAAUUUUAAGAAUCUUCUUGCCAGAAUAUUCAAGAUUAAGGAGUGACUAAAUUAGAUAUACUUGUCUCCAGUGGUGUGCGAUCCAAGUAUUUAGAGAUGACUGAGAAUGGAGGUGAUAAAUGGAUGGAGAAGCUGAAGGUAGACAGACCUUCCCUAGUGAAAAAGAUCAUCCUAAAUAGUUCUCUUUAAAGGAAAAAUGGCCUUAAUAGCUCUCUGUGAGCUGACUGUGCUAUGAGAAAAUAUUCUUUAAUUUGGAGGAGAAGCUAUCCUCCGUAGUAGUAAUUAUUUUAUGCCAUAAUGUGUUUUGUGUGUGUGUCAACUUAUAAAAAUGGGGAAAUUUGAGGAAAAAGAAGUGAAACUUUCUGAAAACAUUUUAUAUACUGGGGAAAUGCUACUUCUUUCCUAAGCAUAUUUUAUUAUUUACUGUGUUUGCAUGUCUGAGCGGGGAAAAAUUGAUUAGGUAACAGAAUUAAGUGUCUGAGGUAUCUUCUUACAUGAUGUCAUUUCUCAUGAUUUCACUUUAUGUGGGGAUGAAGGACUGCAAAAUACAUCAGAAAAGGAAUGAUACUUAUCUCAAAUUGCAAUACUGCUCAUACAACUCUCCAUACUUUUAACUACCUCAGUACUAUGUUGAAUGUACAACUUUGUGGAGAUCCAUGACUUGAAAUAACAAGUGCAUUGUUCCUAAAAUUCUUACGUGUCCUUCAGUGUCAGUCCUCCAUAAAUGAGACAGCAGAGCAGACAUCCAAUACAUCUGAAAAUUAUCUUUCAGGCCCUUUACACUCAAAACAUCAGUUAAUAAUUAACACUGGAAUUUGGUGGGAGAGUUAAUUUGUCCAAUCAAACCAGCAAAACUCACCUAAAAAAUGAUCUUAUUUAAUAUAUUUAAGUAAUUAGACUUCUUGUUAAAAAUGGAUCCUCUACAAGUUCCUAGAUUUGUGGCUCACUACUUUUUUAAUUUAUUAUUUAGCAUUUUGAGUUUGUUGUUAUAGAUUAAUAUUGGCAAUAGAAUAUGCACUGUGCAUCAUUUCUAUUUUCUUAUACGAAUUUGGUCAACCUCCACUGAAUCAACACACUGCUGAAAUUACUACUGCAGGAAUUAAAAUGUGUGUCGUCAAGAAAGAACUACACAUUGGGGGGGGGGAAACGAGUGCCAUGCACUCUUUUAAAAAAUAAAGUUAGUUUUGCGUAACGUGUGUGUGUGUGCUUUGAAUAAAGUUACAUUCAUAAUGAUAGUGAUAUUGCAAUGCAUUCCAAGUUUAUUUUUGACUGUAAUAUAACAGACAUGAAAAAAAACAGGAAAAGUAUUUUUUUAAUUAUUAAAAAUUUGAACUCUUUUACUUCAUUAAUAACCUUUUCUGGAAAAGACAACGAAAGAAAUAAUGGAAAAUGAUUACAACUGUGAACAAUAUUGAAUCCAUAUAUAUAUAUACGGCUAGAAUAUGGAAAAAUUAUUUUAAUUAUAUCAGGCAAUACUACUUGCACAGUUACAUGCAAGAAGUCACAGAAAACCCAUUCCUCUUUUUGAACAAAGUCCAUUAUUGCACUGUGCAUAGAUAACAUUACACAACCGAAAACAGUAUGACAUCUCGUCUUCAAAAAUCAGUUCCCUAGUUGGUGUGUUCUACCUUAAAAUUUAAUUCUAAAUUAAAUCUGCUAAAGCACAGAAUAGUACAUAACUGAAAAGGAAUCAUUCAGGUAUGAAAAUUAUGUGCUUCAUCUUUGCUCCAGCAAUGUUCAAGGCACCACUUUCAAAGGAUUUGCAUAGCUCUGAGAAGUAUGUUCAGUAAUGUUGGCAUUGGAUCAUUUGAGAUUAAAAAUCUAGAUACAAGCAAGAUAUGUUAACCACCAACUAUUAUUGGCCAGCCAAUCAAAGGAGAGUGUUGUUAACAUAUUACAGUUAAUUAAUUUUAACUGAUUUUAAAAUUACAUAAAUCAUCCUUUAAUGACCCCAUAAUCCCUUACGGGGGUGGAGUCUGGGCAACUGACGAGCUAGCAAAGUGUAUAAUGGCCAGAUGCCCUUCCUGUCACCAAUGCAGAGUUUUCUUCAGCAGAUAUAUUCUCAUUAUGCCGAGAGAGAAAUAUCUGCCGCUACCUGGGAUUGAAAUCACAGCCUCCUGAUUGUGAGACAAGAACUCCAUCUCUAGGGCACUGCACCACUCUGUUUAAAACUACAUUAAUUAUAUAUUUAAAAUAUCUAAAUUGGGCAGGGGAUUGACUGGAAGACUUCCAAGGUACCUUCUAGCCUUAUAUUAAAUGCUCCACUUAUGUGAACCGAACUUCUUUUUUCUAGAUACUACUAGAUGACCAUAUCUGAGUUUGUUACAUUUUUUUUUAUGAAUUUCAAUUCAUUACAAUCAUCACAAUUACGCUUCUUAGCAGUGCCAAGAUACCCUUUACAAAAAAAGGCACUUUUUUUGCAGUGGCCAGGCACAUACACAAUAUUAGAUCUACAAGAAUUUUCUGGAUUGUCAUCAGACAGAAAAAUUCUUGAUUAUAUAACAGUAAAAUCAAUCCUGACACAUUUAACACUAAGAAAUAAAUCAUGCUUUGAAUGGACGGUUCAAGCAGGAUCAUGAAGCAUUCUUGAAAUUUUUAAGAAACCAUAAAAUAUUGUUGGUUGAUGCAAAAAUUAUAGUGACUUGUA